CCCGAAGCAGUUUCAACAGAACCGGCGCGUGCGCACCACGCGUUUGUUUUUCAAGCCUCCAAGCCCGAUGCGAUCGCGAACGCGACGUUUUGUCUCUUAAUCUUUUUGUUCUAACAAUUUGUUUAAAUGGAAGUAUUGAGGACACACCUCAUUUCCCAUUGUUGCGAUUCUCUUUAACAUGCUGUGAAUAUUCUUUGUUAGCUUACAAUAGCAGUGUUAGUUCUACUUUCGUAAAAUUCAAAUUUAAACUGUCCCUGUGAAUAUAAACAUAUAUACCGUUCUAUUUUUCGUGAUUGUUGAGACGAAAAAUAACUCAUUUGGGCAAUACCUCAAGAGAUAUCACGGCGCUCAAUGCGGUUGUGAUGAACAAUGUAUAAACAAGAGCUACUGAUAUUGAUGUGCGCCUGCAGCGCUUUGGCUGCCCUUGACGGUUACAGCGCCCAGCAGGACCCAGAUCAGUUCCACAUACAAACUGAUGAAGAUGAUGAACGUUACUUCUUGUAUCAAACACACAACGGACAAUAUAGAAAAGAGAGGAGGCUCAAGGAUGGAUCCGUCGUAGGUACAACAGGAUGGGUCGGUGCUGAUGGGUAUUUGCGUUUACAAGACUACAUAGCAGAUGACCAAGGAUACAGAAUAUAUAAAUCUAAAACCGUUUACGUGGGUGACCGAUCUAUUGGAGAGUCAUUGAAAAUUGCUAAAACGGCACCUACAGAUUCGGGUUUCAACAUUACACCAGCUCCUGCGCCACAUCCAAAUCGCGACACUCCACGUUUUAGUACUACGACUAAAUCGCCAUUGUAUCCCUCAACAACACUGAGUCCUCCCUAUUCUUACCCAAAGGAAGUCACAGCUACUCCUACACCGCUUCCAUCAUCAACACCUACGGUUGAAGUUUCUCCAAACUCUAUCGAUACAUCCACUUCCUAUAAUUUCAGGCCUACGGUGCCACCUAUAACUUCAGAUGAAGCUGCCUCAACCCCUAAUCCAUACGAUUACGAUGUAACAAACACGAACGCGUUAGACGGGUACUAUGCUAGCGAUAGUACUCCUUAUAAACACGUUGAUAUUUACAAUCCCAACUCAUAUAGACACUCUGAUGACUGGAUACGCAGACAAAGACCUGGGGUCCGUCUGGGUGAUGGGUACACGCCCCAAUUCCCAAGGUAUGACGGAAUAGCUUUAAGAAGAAAUGGAUUCCGUUAUUAUCUGCCUAAACAAUACCACGAAGAACAAACACAAAAUUCAGAUGAAAGAAUUGGCAGUUUUGGUUAUGUCGAUCCUUUCGGCAUUCGACGUGUUAUUUAUUAUAAUGCAGCGCCAGGACAAGGAUUUCAAAUUCGCAAAAACAAUAGAUACGUCGGUCAUGAUGCGACUCCUUAUGAUCCUAGACCAAUAGAUUAAUAGUUAUGAUGACCGUGAUAUUUAGUUACCACCUACUAUCAGUAUUGUUUAAAAUAUAUCGGUAGAGACAAAACGAUUGAUCCUCGAACGACCUCUUAGCCAUAACGCUUAGACAUUAGAUAUUGACUAAAAUUUAUUUAUUAACAAGAUUAUUUCCUGUAAUCCAGUUAUUAUUUUUCGUGACAAUAGGGCAUAAAUAAUUGAUGUGCCAUUACAACAUGUAAUUUAAUAAGUAUCUCAUUACGUUAUAUUCAUGUAUAAUUAUCUAUUUACAUAUUAUAUUAAUCAAAGAAAAAAAAUGCUUAAAUGUAAUUUUAUCUCUAUCGCUUUAACAUUGAAAUAAAAACUAAAGCGGAAAAUAAGCAAUAAGAGGACUACAAAUGAAUCCAGCCAAAGAGUCCCAUAUUUUAGAUAAAUAAUUAUUAAUUAGAAGAAAUUCUAUAUAAAAUGAAUCAAGGUGCUAUGUAUUACAUGUUAAAACCCAUGUAAUCGGCUGGUCCUGAAUAGUUAUUGAGAAUAAUUUGUCAUUGUAUUUUUUAUAUAAUAUAUAGGUUUAUGUCUAAUUUAUGCAAUAUUAAAUGACGACUUGUUCCAAUAACUAUAAACAUUUAAAAAUAUAUAAGCUAAUAUAUUAUAUCCUGUUAAUAUUUUAUUUUGUGAACUGUUUUCUUAGAAGGUGCAAGUUGUAAUUUUAAUUAACUAUAUUUCUUAUAACUAAUAAUAGAAUAGAUUUGCACUAACGUUCUUUUUUUUUUAAUCCACUGGUUUCUUCUUUUCUAAUAAAUUAUUUCAUAAUACUUUACACUGAGCAUUAUACUAUUUACCUAACGACCCAACAUAAUAAUUAAUGAAACAAGUAGUUUUUACUUAAAAUUAUUCUAUGUCACAAGUUAGCCUUAAUUAGGUAAUUGACGACAUGUUGCAAUAAAAGUAUUUAAUUAAUA